CAGGAUUCCGACGGAGCUUUCCAUUUUAAAUUCCAGACGGGCCCUGGGCGAGGGCUCGCCCCCCUCGGCAGGCACACCACGGCCGGUUUCUCUCUUGGGACCCCAGUGGACAUUUCCUGUUCAGCCUCUGGAAAUUCAAGCCAAAAAUGACAAAACAUCCUUUUCCCCGAAACCAAGUGCUUGGUUCAGAGACCAUCCCCUCCGCACGUCCGUGAUCUCAGCCCUGCCCUCCCCUUCCUUCCGCGGAACCCCUCCCUGACCAGCGGCUCGGCCUUCCAAGGAGAGAUGAUGGAUCUGUAGCAGGUGGUGCGAAACCAGAGAGAAACGACCCUGGGACCAAGGCCGAAGAGGAGCUGGCGCCGGAGGAUCCGCGCUCAUGGCGUUCAGCCCGUGGCAGAUCCUGUCCCCCGUGCAGUGGGCGAAAUGGACGUGGUCCGCGGUGCGCGGCGGGGGCGCCGGAGACGACGAGGCCGGAGGGCCCGAGGGCGACCCCGAGGAGGAGGAGGACUCGCAAGCCGAGACCAAAUCCUUGAGUUUCAGCUCGGAUUCUGAGGGUAAUUUUGAGACCCCUGAAGUUGAAACACCCAUCAAGUCACCUCUCAAGGACUGCUGUGAUUCGUCACUCGGAUUAGCAGGACCUGUGGCCAACACCCAAGACUCACAAGAAGUUGAUGAACAGCUGAUAGCAGAAGUGGUUGCAAAAUGUUCUUCUGAGACUCAUUCUAGACCCUCAGAAAAUGAGGUUUCACAGCAGGCUAUUGAUUCUUACUCAGUCAGGGAUUUCAAAGAAGAACCUGAACACGAUAGUAGCAAAAUUUCAGUAGUGAGGCCAUUUUCAAUAGCAACCAAGUCCACGGAUAACUCAGAGGCAGCUCUUGGGACAGAAGCAGCAUAUGGCUAUGUAACUGCCAUCUCAGGCGAGGCUCUGCCCUCCAGCCCGCCAGAAGCCAUCCAGGACAAGGCGAUGACAGAAAGCACCAUGGGGGUUACACUGGAGGCUUCCACAGAAGCUGACCUGAAGAGUGGGAACUCCUGUCCGGAGCCAGUGCCCAGCAGAAGCAAGCUGAGAAAGCCCAAACCCAUCUCUCUGAGGAAGAAAACAGUUGGCGAGUUCUCAGAAACUUCCAUGGAGGGCAUGCCUCUCCCCCAGGCAUCCUAUCCUGAUGAAAUGGAUGGGAACACAAGUCCUUUGCUAGGAGAUGCCAGGACUCAGAAAUCUGCCCCUGACGUUAGGGAAACAAGCAGCACUCCCAGUAGUGACACCAAUGAUUCCGGGGUGGAGCUGCUGGAUGAGUCAAGGAGCUCACCUCUGAAGCUGGAGUUCGAUUUCAUAGAAGAUGUGGAAAGCGUAGAAUCCAGGAAAGGCCUUCCAAGAAAACUUGGCAGGAAACUGGGUAACAAACUGCCUCCAAAGGCACAGAAAGAUGGCAUCAGUAAGCCAGUAGGCACCAAAGGUUCAGAACCGCCCCCGGACCAAGCCACAGACGAUGCCUCUCUCUCCCAAGCGUCUUCUAAGCAGAUUCCCAGUUUCAGUCCCCUGGGUGGCCAGUCCACACUGCAGGACUCCCCUCCCCUCUCCUCUAAGGGAUCCUACCCCUUUGAUGAAUCCACGGAUCCCUUUAAACCAACUACAGCUUUAACAAAUGGCGACUGUUGUUCUCCUGCUGGUAAUCAUGUUAAUGAAACCUUAGAAUCACCCAAGAAGGCAAAGUCGCGUUUAAUAACGAGUGGCUGUAAGGUGAAGAAAUAUGAAACGCAGUCUCUUGCUUUGGAUGGGUGUUCACAGGAUGAAGGAGCAGUGAUCUCCCAGAGUUCAGACAUUUCUAAUAGGGACGGCCAUGCUACCGAUGAGGAGAAACUGGCAUCCACUUCAUCUGGUCAGAAAUCAGCCGGGGCCGAGGUGAAAGGUGAGCCAGAGGAAGACCUGGAGUACUUUGAAUGUUCCAAUGUUCCCGUGUCUACCAUAAAUCAUGCGUUUUCAUCCUCAGAAGCAGGCGUAGAAAAAGAGCCGUGCCAGAAAAUGGAGAAAGAUGGAUCUGCUGUGCCUGGACCUUUGGAGUCCCCUGUGGAGGAGGCCCCCGUGUCCGUGGCCUGUGGCGGAGAGAGCCCCCUGGAUGGCAUCUGCCUCAGUGAAUCAGAUAAGACAGCCGUGCUCACCCUGAUAAGAGAAGAGAUAAUCACUAAAGAGAUUGAAGCGAAUGAAUGGAAGAAAAAAUACGAAGAAACCCGACAAGAAGUCUUGGAGAUGAGGAAAAUUGUGGCUGAAUAUGAAAAGACCAUUGCCCAAAUGAUUGAAGAUGAACAAAGGACAAGUAUGACCUCUCAGAAAAGCCUCCAGCAACUGACCAUGGAGAAGGAGCAGGCCCUGGCUGACCUUAACUCCGUGGAAAGGUCCCUUUCGGAUCUCUUCAGGAGAUAUGAGAACCUGAAAGGAGUUCUGGAAGGGUUCAAGAAGAAUGAAGAAGCCUUGAAAAGAUGUGCUCAGGAUUACUUAGCCAGAGUGAAGCAGGAGGAGCAGCGGUAUCAGGCUUUGAAGAUCCACGCAGAAGAAAAACUGGACAAAGCCAAUGAAGAGAUUGCUCAGGUUCGAACAAAAGCAAAGGCUGAGAGUGCAGCUCUCCACGCAGGACUCCGGAAAGAGCAGAUGAAGGUGGAGUCCCUGGAAAGGGCGCUUCAGCAGAAGAACCAAGAAAUCGAAGAACUGACAAAAAUCUGCGACGAGCUGAUUGCAAAGCUGGGAAAGACUGACUGAGUUUCCCCUGUUCGCUCAGUGGAUCUGCGUUUGGCUGCUUCUGUCGUGACCACAGUUAUCUUGCCUUAUCCAGGAAUUGUUGCCCCUUUGCAGAGAAAAACACUUUGAAAAAGCACAUCCCACUGCUGCCUGUCCCGCUUUGCUGCGACGCACAGCCCUGGCAGAACCCGGGAGUGUUGCACCGUCGCCGAAGGAGUGGCAGCAGGCCGUCCUGGAGUCCUCACAGCACCGCCCAUGGUCUGGUAGACAGGCUGCUACGUUGGGUUUGUGAUUUCUCUGUUUUAAUUCAUUUUUUCUUACAGCUAUGUACUUUAUUAAUAUUUUUUCACACCACAGCUUAACAUGAACAGCAUAGUCUCCCAUACUUCAAAGAUUCCCAUUGCCACAUAUAAUUCACUCCAGAGGCAUAUAGGUUCUGAAAAAUAAUGUUCUCAGUAAUGGGGAAGGGCAGCUUUUUAGGAGCUCUUCCUGCUUUACCAUUUAAAAAAGGCUCAUGGCUGAGGAAGCACCCACACCUUUCGUUCCCUGGAGAACUCUGAGCUAAACUUAAUUCUUUCAGUUCUAUGUUGCACACAUAUAAGCAGUUCGGAACUUUGCACAUGAGCGGGAAUCAAAGUCAGAUGCAGAAGUGGAAUUUUAAGGACCAUUUAUAUAUCAGGACAGAAGCACCACUGGGAUGCCCAUGACGAUGCUACUUUGAAUGUGCUUGGUGCCUUCUAUUGCACAUGCCAAAGGUCAGUUCUGGAGAAAGCAGAGCACGCCAUGAGUGAGCUAGACAAGUCCCUUGGCCUCUUUGUACCUUAGUUUCCUUAUAUCUUGUGUAAAAGCUGCAUUCCAUGCCAGGCCUGAAGUGUUCCAAAGCUCACUUUUGUUAUUAAAUUGCAACCAUGAUUUAUAUAUUGCAAAAAAGGAGUGCUGCAAACGCAUUCCUUUCAAUAAAUUCUAUUUUAUUGCAGGUUAAAUCUAAAUACUGGAGGGAAAGCAGGCCUUCAAAUGAACCCUCACAUAAUUCUCUCAGAUUAUUUCCACUGGGAUUUUACAGCAUCAUCUCCUCCACCCAUCUCCCCACAACCGCUCUGGGCAUGAUCCACCGAGGCGGGAGGGAGGGGAGGCCUGCUGCAGCCCUGGGUCCAACCCCACUCCGCACCCCUUUGAAGUGUUCACCUCCUUCCCCUUCGUCCUAACAUGGCGCCACCACAGCCUGUCUUAAUUCAUUUGGAGGUCCACUUUGCUUUUCCAAGUGCGUUAAAAUUGUGAUUUUAUGACUACGAUUUGGGAUCAUCUCCUGUUCACCAUGUCUCUGAUUUUUUGUGUGUGUUACAUAUUUAUUUCAUCUUUUAACUUUAAUUUUCAGUAUUGGUGGUUUUAUUUGAGGAGGUCAUUUGGCUUUUGUUACUUUUAAUUUGUAAACAAGAAGGGGCUCUGAGUAUCCAUUUACAUACAUAUAUAAACACAUAUAUUUACAUAUGCUGCUGUUUUCCCCUGAAGUGUAGUCAAAUAAGGACCUACAGAAGAGCCUAUUUCCAUAAAUGUGGAAACUUAUUUUGGAAUAGAGUCCUGGCUCAGAACGCCAGCUUCAGGAUUUGGGGGGAUUGAACAUGUGGAAACCCCCGACCCCUGUCAUGACUCAUGACCCCAGCUCAGGUUUCACGUCCAGGGAAGACUUCGCCAUAACGUUUGUUCCUGGUAUUGGACACUCCUCAGCCGUGGCGAGUGUGAGCGCGGCCCCUCCGGGUGGGUCCGCAGGCUGACAGCGGCUGCUUCCUGCAGGAACAGCUGAGGGGGGCUCCCUCGGACCUGGGUGUGGCUAGGCUGUCCGAGAGCCACUUCUUUGCUUCACUUGUUGCUACAAAACCAAUAUUUCCUCUUGAUUAUUUGAAAUAUGCCGAGAAAAUCUACUUGUAAAAGGUUUAGUUGAUCUUAUAAUUAAAAGGUAAUUGUAACUCCAUCAGCAAGUCAAGGGGAAGAAACAGUUGUUUUUUCACAAAUGGGAUGUCUUGUUCUUCAGAUUUUUUCUUUUGAGUCAAAAAAAAGUCCUUUCAAACUUAAGACAGAAUUUUUAACAAAACAGGCAGUAAAAAUCACGUGAACCACUCUGAAAAUCAGCACAUUGUGAGUAUUUUAAACAGAGGCCGUUUGACUCGCGGAGGCGGGAGUGCAGGGAGCAGGUCCGCACACACAGAACCCACGUCCUCAGGCUCUUCCUGGGCUUGCGUCAGAGGGGAGAGGCCGCUAACCCCCAAAAGGAAAAUCCCCUAGCGUUUGAUAGGCAAAACCAAACCUGCAGGUGUUUUAAAGCACUCUUGUCUUAACCUUAACGCCUGCAGGUCUUCAUGGUCACAUGCACUGGGUUCAGUACCUGUAAGUUUUCGUACUUUUCCUGUAAAACUAUUGCAUGAUCCACCUUCAGCAAUGAAUUGUGCCAGGUGGAGAGCCUCUGUAAGUCUUUAAACGCGGAUUUUCUUUUAGAAGCGUACUGUUCACAGGGGUGCAACCUUUAGCCCCAAGGAGGUCAAUAAUGCCUUUUAAAGCCAGAAGUCACAUUUUAUCGAUAUGCACUUACAUAAUUGGUGCUUAGGCUGUAUUUUAAAGCCUAUUGUCUUACCACUUUGUACAAAAAGAACAACAGAAGUGAUGUGUGGUUGGAGAGGUGACAGGACAAUCACUUGGGCUUUGAAAACAGUUCCUGGGUUAAUGUGAGUGCUGGGCUGCAGUUUAUUUAGCUCAGUGGAGCGAGGUGUCUCCAGGUGGCGCCACUGAUUUCCUCCUUUGGUCCUCUCCUACCAAGAAAAGCAACUGCAUUUUGCAGGAAGAAACAUUGCUAAACCUUUUUGCUGCUGUAUUUUGGUGACAUGUCCAUGUUUACUUGCUUUCUGUUGAUCUGUUUUAAGCAUGGAAGGCUUAUAAUGGUCUCCAUCGUAAAUCCUAGUCCUCUUUUUAGGUUUCUUGUGUAUAUAAAAAAGGUAGCUAUGUGUUAAAACAGGUGACGACAAUCCUUCCCCAGCACAUGGGUAAAAGAGAUUCCUUAAGAACUAGGCCCUAGAGUGAAGUUGCUGCACAAGGAAUACAAGAGGACCCCGGUGAAGUAAUAUUUGCCUCUGGUCUCUCAGCCAUGAAUGACCAUUACAAGAAUAUGUUCUUCCUUCUAAUGUAAUAGGUAGAUAUUCUCCAACGAGAAUAAAAAUGUAGCUUGUGCAGUUGGCAAAUCAAGAGACUAUACUGGACAGAAUAAAGUAUGUUUGUUUAUUUUUCUUAAAAAAUAAGCAACAACAAAAAAACCCCCACAAAACAAACAAAUCAACUCCAAACUUUUAGAACUCUGGAGUAAGAAGACAGCCUAGAGUUGGCACCUAAAGAGCCAGACUCCUUAUUAGGCAAUAAUAAACCCUGUUACAAGAGUGAAAAGACCUGAGUGCAAGUUGCUGGCCUAGAUUGUGGUUGGGAAGUAUUUGGUGAUCUUGUUGAGACUCUGGGUCCAGAGACAUUGCUUAAGUUUUUUACUUUGUCUGAGUGUAGAUAGGUAUAUAGUCUUUAUCUUAAAGUAUUUUAAUGGGAGACUGAACAGUUUGUUGCCUGGUUAGCCAGUUGGUUACAGUCAGACCUCCUGAGAUGCACUAUACUGGGGGAAGCUCCUGAAGGCCUGCCCACACCUUCUGUUCCGCAAAACUGUCCUGCAAAUAUUGAGAAGCCCGGUUUUCUCACGUGGUUUCCAGCUUCCUCAGACCCAGCCCAAAUUAGGAAGUGCAGAAACACAUCUGAGGCUCUGGCUGCCUCCCAGUGUGAUACGGAAUCUAAGGAAAGAUUGUGUUUGGGUGUGAGGAUGGCCCAAGUUGAAUUUUCUUUCCAGCCAGUUACCCUUUCCACCUGCCCCGCACUUUGUGCAAUUCCCACAGCAAUACCUAGGUCUCUGUUGGACAGCCCAGCGGUAGUACUGUUUGUGAACGGGAGGAGUAAACUGCCCCCAGUGUUCCUGGGCUGUCUGUCUAAGAGCGGCCGGAGGGAAGCGCUCACUUUAAAUAAAAGUAACCGAGGGCUUGCUGGGGCUUUAAAGCUCAAAAUGGAAUUUUUAACGCGCAAGCGUUGGUAAACUUGUGUGCACCAGUUGGAAAUGACCGAGCACAUCCUUUUCUCGUGGUGUAAAAGCCCCAGAGCUCCCUCUUUAUUUCCUUUUGGUUUUUCACUACAGUUAGCAGUCAUCUCGCUGAACUGUCUUUUCACUGUGGUUUUGUGACCAGGUGGGCUUCCUCUUGGACUUCAUUUCUUACUUCAUCCCCUUAUUGGAAAUAGAGAAACUAGGAGUUGAAAGAGUAAAUGAUUCAGCAAAGGAUUUUAAAGUAAAGAUGUAUAUAUUCUGAAGAAUUUUAAAGAUAGCAGAUUAUUACUUGCUUAUUAAAGAACAAAUAUAGUCUGGGAAUCCCAGGAUGUCAGGCCAAAGGUCUAAGAAGUCAUUUUCUUCAGAGGUGUUGAUAGAAAUAUUUUGAGGAGACUCUGUCCAAAAAGGUUUGACUGGCCUCCAGAUCCCAGUGAUUUUUAGAAAGCAAUUUACCACUCAAACCGUGAGUCUCCCAUAUAGUAAAGCUAAAGGAAUCGGACACUUCUCUGUAAGGAUCUCCUCUGGAAGAUAAUAUAAACAGCAGCAUUUCUAGGGGAGACCCUCCCUGGUGCCGACCUAGCGUUCUGGAGACUAAAGAUUGCACUUUUCGUAGUUCUUUGUCCAAAUGCAAUCCCAUUUUUGUGCCUCUUAGCAUGCAGUUAGAUUUGGACAAACAAGAUUCCUAAGGAAUGACUUUAUUAACUAUAAUAUGGUUACAGCUAUUAAAUAUAUAUAUAUAUUCUGGUUAUAGUUCUAAUAUAAAGAUGUUGUGUGCAAUGCCAACAGUCUUAACUCAUUUGGAGGAGGCCAGAUGUGGAGCUGAGGUGUGGCUUGAAACUUCCCUGUAUCGAUUCUUUAGAACUAUGAAGAUGUCACUUUCUCCCCCUCUGCCUUUCAGUGGUGUCUGAAAUACACUGCAAAACGUAUUUCCAAGUCACAUGGUUAACCGAUAUUCUAUAUUAAUAAUUUCCAAGUGGACCUAUGAAAAUCUGAACUCGGAAACCACCCCCAGUCCAGAUACAGGGCAGGUGUCACCAUACCUGCAGCCUCAGUCCUGGUCCUUCCUACCCGAUGGGACAGGACCCAGGCAUUUCUCUAAAUCUCAGAGGUGGCAGUAAACUUUUCAGUGUUGCUGUUAGCAAGUGUGUUUGCCAGUAGAUACCCACGUGUACUAAUGUGCCAACAAGUAAAUGUUAAUUGCACAUCUGCUUCCACUGUGUCCCCACGGGUGCCAUGAAGUGUGUGAGAGCCUCGUCUCGAGGAAUGGAUGCUGCAUUGACUACUGCUAUCAGGAUGGUGUUGUGUGGAGUAAUCAUCUACAUAAAUUUUAUAUGCACAGUAAUUUCCCUUUUAUAUGUCAGGUAAAUAUUUGUAAAAGUUAUACUCACACAAAUGAAAUUAUUAUAAUGAUUACUAAUAUAUUUUUUCCAUGUUUCAUUGCCUGAAUAAAAACUGUUUACCACUGUUAAA